CCCAGAAUGCUAGGAUUACAGAUGUGUGCCACCAUACUUGGCCUUAUCCCUUUCUUGCUUUCUUGACCUUAAUUUUUUCUGACAAACAUGCACUGACUUCUCCAUACUCUUCUUUAAAAUUGAAUGUAUUUUUCUAGUUAGCCAACACUGGCGUUUGCGAAACAAACAGGUUUGUUCUUAUACCUCAAACCAUGGGGCUGUCGGAUUCAUGUUAGCAGCCCCAGUCCAAAUUUUUUCCAUUAUUUUUUACUUCUCUGAAUUAAACUUCAACUUCUCACUGACCAACAAUUCCACUUGUCUUUUAGGGUUUUGUCAGUCUUACACCUGCUUCCCAAGCUAUCGGUCUAUCAUAUUUACUACAGGAGAGUGACAGGUCAUGUGUCUCUUUGUUAAAGCUUCUCCUAAGUGAAACACCACUUGGUUCAGCCACAGAGGUGUGUGCUCAUAAUGUGUACAUAACUCUUUGGCUGGGACUUCUACCUUUGGAAUUUGUCAUUUUAAAACUAAUUGAUGAGGAUGUGAUAGCUGAAGAAAAUCUUACGUGUGAUUAUAGCUAUCUUUGUUGACUGAAGGUCUAUGUGUGUUCCUUCUUGCAUGUUUCCAGAUUGCUUAUGCUCCUCUACUUUUAGUGGUUGAGGUAAAAUAGCCUAUGAAUUUCCAAGAUUGUUCUUUUUUAUAUAUGAUGUUCUUCUAGCCUUCAGGGAUAUUCUGUUUAUAUCAUGAGGUCCCCAAAAUGACGUUGCUAUGAAAACAUGCCAAUUUCUUUGUUCCUCCAAGAAGCAUGGCUCAGGCUCAGUUAAUUGGAAAACAUCAAGCAUUUAAUGUUAAUCUUAUAUUAAGCUCCUGUUAUCCGGUUUCAUCUUUAACCCCUGGGGAUGUUCUCCAUAACUUCCUUAGGAGUAUCACCUCAUUCUCUGUUCAUGGGCAUAGCUGACACUGAUUUGUUCCAGGUCACGAUUUGGGCUUUCAGAAAAAAAAAUGCUUUCAAAACAGAAAGCAGCCCUGGGGACAGGAUGGGAGUCAAUGAAUAUACAACUGGAUGGGACAGAGCCCCAGGUGCAAAGGGGAAGCCAGGAGGAAGGGCCACGGAGAACAGCACCGGGGCCACUGGAGCACCUCUGCUGUGGCCUUGAAGAGGAGCCACAGUCCCUUCAGGAGAAGGCUCAGUCUGCUCCCUGGGUUCCUGCAAUUCCCCAGGAGGGGAGCACCGGAGACUGGGAGAUGGCAGCUGCACUUCUUGCAGCCGGAUCACAGGGCCUGGUAACCAUCAAGGAUGUAUCAUUGUGCUUCUCCCAGGAAGAGUGGCGGAGCCUAGAUCCCUCUCAGACAGACUUUUAUGGAGAAUAUGUCAUGCAGGAAAAUUGUGGCAUAGUGGUCUCUCUGAGAUUUCCAAUUCCCAAACUGGACAUGCUUUCUCAACUAGAAGGAGGAGAAGAACAAUGGGUCCCAGACCCCCAGGACUUAGAGGAGAGGGACAUCCUGAGGGUCACAUAUAUAGGAGAUGGAAGUGAGCAAGAAGGGGACACCCCUGAACUAGAAGUAGAACCUCCCAGAAUGUUAUCCAGUGUGUCUGAAGAUACUGUUCUCUGGAAUCCAGAGCAGGGUGAAAGCUGGGAUUCCACACCCAGGAGCUCCAGAGGAAUGCUGCUGGGCCCACCGUUUCUUCAGGAAGAUCGCUUCUCAAACCUGUGUAACACAGGGAUGGAUUCCCUGUUAAGACCCCAUACGUGCCCCCAGUGUGGGAAACAGUUUGUGUGGGGCUCCCACCUUGCCAGGCAUCAGCAAAUACACACUGGAGAGAGGCCCUACAGCUGCCUCAAGUGUGAGAAAAGUUUUGGGCGACGGCAUCACCUAAUCAGGCACCAGAAAACCCACCUACAUGAUAAGCCCAGUAGGUGCUCGGAGUGUGGCAAGAAUUUCCGGUGCAACUCCCAUUUGGCCAGCCACCAGAGAGUGCAUGCAGAAGGCAAAUCCUGCAAGGGCCAGGAGAUUGGAGAGAAUGCUGGGGCUAGGAAACGGCAGCGUGCAGCACCGGUGCCAAAGUGCCACGUGUGCACUGAAUGUGGGAAGAGCUUUGGCCGAAGGCACCACCUAGUGAGACAUUGGCUGACCCACACUGGGGAGAAGCCCUUCCAGUGCCCUCGCUGUGAGAAGAGCUUUGGCCGCAAACAUCACCUGGACAGGCAUCUGCUGACCCACCAGGGACAAAGUCCCCGGGGCAGCUGGGAGAGAGGGACAUCUGUAUUUUGAAAGAUGUUUCUGCUGCAGCUAUAAUCAAGUUUAUCAGCUGGUGCUACCAGUAGUCACUGCCAGAGCUGCCUCUGUCCUUGCACUCCAAUGGCCAGAAUGGUGAACCCUGAUCCUAACCCUAGAGAGAUGAUGUUCCAGCAUUGUCAAGAGCAUUGCUCAGCAGUUCUGUGAGACAACACAGUGUUCUUGGUGCAUAAUUUUGAGAAACAGUGUAUACUACAUGGGCUGAUACUCAGCCCGAGCCCAUUUGCAAGGGUACAGUGUUAUUGGUAGUUACAGCUGAGGUCAGUUCUAAUCGGCUGGGGUCUAUGCUGUACCCAUUGUUAAAUAUUUUGAGCAUUAUCCUUGCAAACUAAUUAUAUUCUCUAUAUAUGUGUAUAUAGAGAAAGAGCAUUUUAGCAUAUUAAAGGCUCCGAUUACUCUGGCAGUAAUCUAGCUUCUAUUAAUAUAAUGUUUCCUAAAUUUAUGUGACCUCAGCAUCCUAUUUCACAUCCCACAGAACUGGUGACUCCAUGAAGCACACUCUGGUAAAUGCUGGGUUACAAAGUCCUGGGGAAACAAUAAAGAGGUAGUGAUCAGGCACGCAAGCACCCCUUAUAGUCCUAUGAAAGCCAGGGUGGGUCAGAUGUUGUCAUUCCUGUGUGGGUUUGUCACCCUUACCUCAUCGUCCAUAUAUAUAAAUCUACACUCUCACCCCUACCUGCUAAAAAUAUAAAAGAAUGACCUUUUCACCCCCUUAUCUACUCCAUUGUUCUGCACAUACUUCUAUCCAGUGGAGAGGUUAUACUACAGUGCUAAAAGACAAAGCUAUACCCACGGUGAUCCAUGCCCACACAGAAGAAAAAACUAUUCCUUGAACAAACCCUGUCCUCUUGACUGUUAAGUGUCUAUGUGUAUAUGUGUGCAGGGUCCUUGAAGAGAGCAUGCUAAGUGCAAAUUGUACAUGGUAGGUUUUCUAGGGGCUAUGUUCUAGGGAUGAGGGUAGUGGGGCUGUAUGGGGCUUUUAAUUUUGAGAUAGGAAGUAAGCUGAGUGAUGAACAUGAGUGGAAAGGAUUCAGUGAUAUGUAAGUUGUAUACAGAUUUUCCCUAGUAUCAGUGAGAUCAAGACAUUGUAGAUUUAUAUGUCUGUAUCUGAGUCUCCGGGCUGCAAGUUGUUUUUACCUGGGAAGAGAAAGAGAAGUCUUCAGUGAGAUGAGCUGUUUCUUGUUUUCAGGCAAGGUACACAUAUGUAUAUGGUUUAUACUGAUUGGGGGUUUUUGUCUUGUCUUCAGUGCUUGAAAAUUAGCAAGGGAACAUAGUGUUUGCAAGUUGGUCAUCAUCACUCUUGUUUGACUUUGAUCACCUCAUCAAGGGAGAAGUUAUUCUCAAAGAUCUCAUUCUCCCAGAAACAAAACUUCAGGGAAAAGCCUGCUUAGAUUUUCAGCAGAUGAGCUUUCUCAUUGGUUUUCUUCUGAAUCCUGGGAAAGCGUCCACACUAAAAAGCUUUUAACUCUAAGGUGUCCACAGUAAGACUAAUAUAAGAAUUCUGGCAUAUGUUCAUGAGGUCAUGUUUCUCUGUAUCGAUGAUUGUGUUGAUGCCAAUCUUAUAGUUUCAAAAUUAUUUUGUAUGGAUAAGCAGUUUAGGGUUAGAGAAAAAGAAGCAAAGAGGAUGAAAGUGGGAUUUUUUUACUUUAAUGCUUAGAUCCUGGUUUUUCUCUAAAAUACUUAUCUCUCAACCAUAAUUGGCAGAAUUAACCAGAGAGGCAAGAGGAAGUAAACUGCGACAAUCUAGUUUCAUUACUGUUCCAUCUACUUAGGAAAAUCUGGGUGAAUCACAGCUCCUCAGUGUCCUGGGCUCAAAAGGAAUUGAAAAUAGUGUCAUUUUGCUGAUAUGGCUAAGAGACUAUGUGAUUUGAGCGGGCCAACUUCCUUUCUGUUAUUGAGAGCAGACUUCCUUUUUGCCUGGAAAAUAAUUCUCUUAUGUUCCUGCAAAGAAAGCAAAAUGACCAGCCCUUUGUAGGUAGGCCCUAUCUGGGUCCUCAGAGAUGGGAGCCUUUUAAAUGCCCAAGAAAAAGAGGAAAAUAUUGGGCUCCGGUGUUAAAGUUGGACUAUGUCAUUUCUUUUACCCUCCUACUUUAAUACAAUAUUUAAUACAAAUGUGCUCUAUAUACAUCUCUCCAGUGCAGCCUGUUUUGGAUCACAUACCUGUUUGAGAAUCUGAUGGGAACCAGAAACCCAUGGUUGAGUAAAAUAUACAUUUUCAAUUCAAUCAGUAAACUCUGGUCAAAGAGAUUUACCCUGAUUCAAUGUGGUUAUAUAUGUGUAUCAAGAAUUACAAGGCAAGGGUCACUAUUUUAAGGAGCAACUUUCAAGAGGCAUCAGAGUAUGAAGAUACAGUGUGGUGUUUAAUGACUAGAAGGAUAUUCCUUACAUUCUAUGUUUUUAAGACCUGACAUGCUGACAAGUACAUCUGACAAACUUUGUUUUAAGAACAUGUGGGAAGUGAUGUCCUAUAUUGUCAGAUGCUUUUAACUACAUGUUAACCUCCAAAUCCUUAUCUGUUUUAGUAAUUGUAGGGAUAGAAAGUGAACCCCCAUAAGUGUAGGUGCAAUUAUAACACCCAGCUAAAAAGCAUUGUGGAGUCUAAGGGUCUUCUGCAGAAGGGGCAAUCCUUUGGGUCAUUUCUGGUGUACUAUUGUCUUCUCUACCUCGGUCCAACACCAAUCCCUUGGACAAAAUAAAUAAAUAAAUAAAACAAGCAAAGCUAUCCCAUGAGUGAAUAAAUCUGAAUCAGCCUCAAACUUUUAUCAUUCACCAAACUAAUGCCACAUGGCCAUUUACUUCCUUUAAAUAAAUAAAAAAAAAAAUGCCUGUGUUUGCUCUGGUCAAAACUUAAAAUAGGGGGCCAGGGAUUUAGCUCAAUGGCACCACACCUGCCUUGCAAGCCCAAGGUCCUGAGUUCAAUCCCCCGUACCACCAAAAAACCCCAAAACUUGGGAAAGUCCAUCUUCAAGAACCUGUCAUAAUUUUCCAUUUGUAGUGCUACACUAUAUUCUACCUAUCCUCCCCUUACUGCCUAAGUAUAAA